AUGGCAUGGCUCAAUUUCCCUGCAGUGGAGCUGGGUUUUUCGCUCAUCUUCCUCUGGAUAAUAUACAGAUUUCUGACAGCAAGAAAGAGAAACAAAGGAAAGUUGGGAUUGCCACCAGGGCCACGGCCAUGGCCACUGGUAGGCAAUCUCCAUCUCUUGGGAAGCUUUCCUCCCAAGUCCGUGACUCAGCUAGGAAAAAAGUACGGACCCAUCAUGUUUCUACGCCUGGGCUCGGUACCCACGGUUGUGGCCUCUUCUCCUGCCAUGGCCAAAGAGUUUCUUAAAACCCAUGAUUUGACCUUCGCCAGCAGACCAGCUACAUCGGGGGCAAAGUACCUGGGCUACGAGAGCAGAGACGUAGCGCUGGCCCCCUAUGGAGAGUACUGGCGGCAGAUGAGAAAGUUGUACACAAUGGAAUUACUGACGACCAAGAGAACGGAGUCAUUCAGUUGGGUAAGAGAAGAAGAGGCGACAGCCAUGGUGAGAUCUGUGUGGGAAGGAAGUGAGAAGGGCAUGCGUUCCGUCCAACUGCGGAAUCUCAUCUCCACCCUCUCACUCAACACUAUCUGCAGAAUGUUUGCAGGCAGAGGAUACUCCGGACUGAGCGCAGGCGAAUCGUUUUUAGAGAUAAUGACUGAAAUUAUGCAUCUGCUGGGAGUAAUUAUUGUGAGGGACUACAUUCCCUCUCUUUCCUUUCUUGAUUUGCAAGGCUACCGCCGCCGUAUGAAGGCCGUUCAUAAAGCAUAG